CCUAACCAGGUGGCCAUGUUCAAUCCAUCUGAUGGCAUUGGUCAAGCAGUAAGCAUCCAGCAGGCCUCAGCAGGCAGCAGCCAGAGCCCUGGAAUAGUACAAGGGGCCAGCCUUCUGCCCAGCACAGAGCAAACCUCUAUCCUGACCGUCCAAACCACCCAGCAGUCGUCACAAGGACAAGCCCAGCUACAGUUGAAUGUACAGCAGCAGCCGCCACAGCAGCCUUUAGCACCUCCUCCCCCUCAACAAGCGAUGCCAAGCCCCAGCAUUGAUCCCAGCUCCGAAAAAAUCAUCCUUAGCCAGGCAACGCCAGGAAAUAUCAUUCAUGCCGAGUCCAUGCAAAUGUUCCUCCAGCAGAUUCCCACCGGACAACAGAAGCUUCCAGGAGCCUCGCCUUCCCACACACUACUACCUCACCCACCUAGCCCACAGCUGCAGGCCUCGGCCUCCCACCACUCACAGAUGCAGUCCCCCCACCAGUCACGUCCUCCUUCUCAGCCACAACCUCUGUCUCGGCCACCCUCUCGUCCUCAUUCUCGGCCUCCAUCUCAACCCCAGAGUGUCUCUCGCCCUCCCUCCGAGCCCCUCUCCCGAUCCUGUACUCCUCAGAUGCAGAAUCUGUUUGUCAUCCAGAACCAAAUCUCCUCUUCACCUCAUGGUUCUUCCCAGCACCCUCUGCGUCCUCCUUCUCAGCCUCAGGUACAGACACCUUUCUCGUCUCAUCAGCCACUGUCUGCUGAAAUGUCGCAAACCCUCUCAUCCCCUCAGCAGCAUGUUCAGCUCCAAGUACAGCUGAGCACCCCCCAGUCUGAAACUCGGCCAGGCGUCCCAAUUUCCCUUCAGGCCACACCACCCACCUCUGAUUCCUCCCAGACCCACUCAUUCCCUGUGCAGUUCCAGACUCAGACUCUUAAACCCCAGGCCUCCACCCAGCCCAUCCACUUAGAGCAGCAACGUACCUUUCAGAUGACCCCCAGCCAGUUCCAGGCUUUGGCAUUGUCCAACACCUGCCACAGCAGAAACAGUUGUUGGAGAGGUACCAGCAGAUGCAACAGCAGGGUCUGAUGAUACCAUCUCAGCAGCCGCAAGGAGGCCCCCAAAACUCCCCUGUUCUCGCUGGACCGUACAACGCUCAGUCAUCUUCAGUGUUGAUCAGUGGUCAGGGGCAGCCGGUGCCAACACAAGCUUCUCUCCAUGGGCACUCCCCUGGCCAGGUGUUGGUGCAACAAGCUGCUGUGGCCCACGGUGAUCUGACGAAGGUGCAGACUGGAGCCAUGACCCAGGUGGCCCAGCUUUCAACACUACUUCAGCAACAGCAGCAGCAGCAGGCAUCAGUUCUAGUGAAGACUGCAGGUGCUGCUGUUCCUGGACCCCAAGAUGUGUCUGUUUUCUCCAACACGACUGUGAAGACGCCUGUGGUGCAUGGGGGGAAACCUGUCUCUGCUGUUCCUGUGCACACCCAGGCUAAAACCGGAGUGAUCAGCUCAGUGCCUACUAUUAGCCUGGGAAAGGGAUCCUUGCAAAUCCAAGUUGUUGGCAAAGGCAUCUCUCAGAUUGUACCGGCAGCCCAGGUCCAGAACCAGCCACAGUUUGAUAGUAAAUUUGGAACGCUGAAAAAACUUCAAACACUACAGCCAAGCAAAGAAGCCUGUUUCCUGGAGCAGCUACAUAAACACCAGGGCUCAGUCUUGCACCCAGAUUACAAGACACCCUUCCACUCGUUUGAAGAUGCUCUGCACAGACUUCUCCCCUACCACGUGUACCAGGGUCUGCUUCCCACUUCGCAUGACCUAAAGAAAGUGGAUGAUGAGUUUGAGACUGUGUCUACUCAGCUCCUGAAGCGCACCCAGGCCAUGCUAAACAAGUAUCGCUUGCUGCUUUUAGAGGAGUCCAGGAGAGUGAGUCCUUCUGCGGAGAUGGUAAUGAUCGACAGAAUGUUUAUUCAGGAGGAGAAAGUUGCUUUGUCUCUGGACCGGCAGUUGGCAAAAGAGAGACCAGAUGAAUAUGUCUCUUCCUCUUCUUCCCGGUCUCUGACUGUAACCCCUUCUGUGGCCUCCGUCUCUUCCUCACCGUGUCCUGCCCCUGCAGCAGAGACCCAGAAACCCACUGCAGUGCAGACCUCCACACCAAUACACCCUACCAAGCUAGUGAUCAAGCACAGCAGUGGGGGCUCCCCCUCUGUCACUUGGGCCAAAGCCUCACCAUCGCUUGAUGCAGAUGAGGAUGCACUCCCUUCACGCAGCAAACCCCCAAUCAAAACAUACGAGGCCCGUAGUCGUAUUGGGCUGAAGCUGAAGAUCAAGCAGGAGGCAGGGCUGAGCAAAGUCAUCCAUAAUACUGCUCUAGACCCCGUUCAUCACAACCCUCCACCACCACCUCCACCUCCUGCCCCUCCCACAACACCCGCCAGCACUGUCAUCAAGACAACUGUAAACCCGACCCCAGCCUCAACUACCACACCCACUGGGCAGAUGAAUGGUACGCUUGACCACUCAUCACCUGUUGAAAAGAAGCCCCUGACAACAUACUGUAGGCUACCCCUUCGUAAGACGUAUCGGGAGAACGUGGAUGCCUUUGUGACCGGUAAGCCGGCAGACACCAGGUCAGCAGUCGAAACACCUGCACAAGCACCAGUUAUUAAGCAAGAAGAUGGAUCCAGAAGUGUCAUUACAUCCCACAAGGUUCAAGGAGUCCCAGAGAGUGAAAAGGUGAAGAAAGAAGAAAGCUCAAAGCUGGUGUUCUUUGGCAGAGGGGAAACUAAGACGAAUAGUAAUGAAGAGACAACCAUGAGCUUGAGAAGAGAGGCCAAGGACGAUGAGCCAGGAUUUUUCCGACAGGUGGUCAAGUCAGAACCAACAGACCAUGAGUCUGAGUUGAAUUGGGAGAUACCAAUUCCAUCAGCUAAAAGGCUGAAGUCAGAGCAGUUUGACGUGGACAACGCCAGCUUCUCCAGUGAUAGCCCCCAGGAUGACACUCUAAACGAGCACCUGCAGAGCGCCAUCGACAGUAUCCUCAACCUACAGCAGCCCCAGAGCGGUGGAGGUUCCAACGCUCUUCUGCGUUCCUCAGCCCAGUCUUCGUACCAUCACUCCUCUUCCUCCUCUCCCUAUUCCUCCCCAGUCCACCGCACAGACUCUUACCUUACCCCCAACCACAACGGCGGCCUGGGGGCCAGGACGUUAAAUAGAUAA